CUUCAUCUUCCCAUCAAACAUUCAAAUCUUCCUCUCUUACACUCUCCACUUCCCUCACUUGUCUUCUUCUCAGUUUCAUAAUCUUCAAUUUCUUCAGUUUCAAUGGCAGAAGUCGAGGUUGUAUCACCACAGGCAGCACAUCCAGCUGAGGAAAAAGUAGAAGAAACAGUUCCUGUAGAAGCCCCAGCACCGGAAGUAGCAGCACCAGCAGUAGCAGAACUGGAAGCAGCCGCACCAGAAGUAGCCGAACCAGAAGUAGCAAAAGAAGAAGAACCAGUUGCAGAGCCGGAAGCUGAUCAACAAACUCCGGCUGAAGUACCUGUAACAGAAGAGCCAGCAGCCGUAGAAGAAGAAAAACCUGCAGAAACUCCUGAGGAAACACCUGUUGCUCCCCAAGAGACCACAGAGGAAUCUCCAAAGGAAGAGGAAGCACCGGUUGCUACAGAGUCUGUUGAGGCUCCGGCACCGGAAGCAGAACCAGAAGCCGCCCCGGCAGCGGAACCAGAAGCCGCCCCAGCACCGGAGCCAGAAGCUGCACCGGCAGUAGAACCAGAAGUGGAAGCUCCAAAGGAAGAGGUUGAAGUGAAGACUGAGUAAAGAGUGUUAAAUUUGUGUGAUUUUCAUGAAAGUUGGUCUAAUUAUUGAAUAAGAGUUAGUAUUUGCUUGAAUCAAUAAUGCCAACCGAUCACCACGUGGCAGCAGAGAUGCACAGUCAGCUUGUGCAAAUUUUAUGUGGAGGUGUAGGUGUUUUUAGUUUCAAGCAGAUCAGAUGAGUCAUUUUAAUAUUUUAUUAUGGUUGUUUUAUUUUAUAUGCUGUGUAAUAACAGUGUAUCUUAUUGGUACUUUUGUUUAAUUAUUGUAGCAAAUGAAUUUUCUAUUUAGUUUGCUUUUGUUAAA